AUGAAAUAUACGGUGGAGAUCGACUUGCCCAGCCCCGUGAACACCUUAGAUGCGCUCAACGGGGUGGCGAAUCGAGAGUUCGGGUACAUCCUCAGGGAGUUCACGAAGCUUCAGCUCUACGGGUGCUCCGGGCCCCCCGCCGCCGGCUGGAGCAGCCAAGUGGUGGCGCAGCUCCGCGGUGACCAGGACCUGCAGCAGUACCUCACCAAGAUGCCGCCCAAUGGCCCCGUGUAUGAGGUUCACCUGCCUGAUGGCAUGGACGCCGCCCAGUGGUACCAGAGCCACCUGCAGAACUACCAGACCCACAUCCAGCAGCUCACGGACCAGGUGACCAACCUGCGGCAGCAGGGCCAGGGCCUGCAGCAGGGCCUCCUGCUCUUGCAGCAGGUGGCGCCGGUGCAAGAUGACCAGGUCUACCAGAUCGUCCAGAAGUACGGGCAGGGCGUUCACCCGGCGGUUACCGCCAUGCAGGGCAACCCCGAGGAUCUCUUCUCCAACCAGCAGGGUAUGCGGGUCCUGUCUUACUGGGGCUCCGACCCAUCAAGGAUGCAGGACAUCUACCAGACCGGGGGCUUCCCGCCGGUGUUGGCUGCCAUGCAGCAGUUCAACCAGGAUCCGGGGGUGGGCCGGUAUGGCGUCCAGUUCCUCUCCCACGCUGCGAACACCUCCACAGAGUACAUGCGGGAGCUUCACCAUCUGGGCUCCAUUCCCAUCGUCAUCCAACAGAUGAACCAAUGGCCGCAGGACACCAUUCUGCAGCAGUGCGGCUGCCAAUACCUCUGCUCCAUGGCCCAAGUCCCCGAGAUCCGCGACGAGAUCCUGAAGCACGGCGGCAUCCGCCCGCUCAUCGCGGCCAUGAACAACUACCCCCAGGACCCCAUCAUCCACCGCUACGCCUUGUCGGCCUUGGCGCCCUUGGCCUACAUCCCCGAGUACGCCACUCAGAUCAUCGACGCCGGGGGAGUGCAGGCGGUGAAGAACACCUUGCAGUUCCACUCUCGCGAUCCUCAGGUGGCGAUCAGUGCGCUGGGGAUGAUCAACGAGCUGGCAAAGCACGAGGGCUGCAAAGACGCUUUGGUGAAUGCGGGCAUCAUCCCUAUCCUGCUGCAGGUGAUGCAGGGCCACAGCGGCAACAGCCGGGUGCAGGCGCUGGGACUCCAGUGUUUGGCCACGCUCUGUGCCAACAACCCCGCCAUCCAGGCCGGGCUCUACCAGGCGCAGGGCAUCCCGGCCAUCCUGAACGCCAUCUGCUCCGCCGCAGACACCAGGGGCACCGACGAGGGCACCGUAGAGCUGAUCACGCAGGGCAUGAACUUGCUGGCGGCCAUCUCCAGCAACCAAGAGUGCCGGCCGCAGAUCAUGCAGCAUGGGGGCAUCGAGAUCACCUUGCAGGUGAUGAGGUUUUACAUCGACUUCCCCUUGAUCCAGGAGCACUGCCUGCGGGUCUUGUCGGGGCUCACGCUCUGGCCCGAGGCAGCGGCCAAGUUGUUGCAGGCGGGGUACAUCGAUUGCAUCAUCGCGGCGAUGCGGAAGUACCCAGAGAACCAAGGGGUGCAGAUGAGCGGCGCCUAUGCCCUAGGCAUGGUGGCGGGCUCCGAUGAUGCCAAGGUGGCGGUGAUCAACAGCAAGGGCGUGGAGGCCUUGGUGGCCGCCAUGUACUGGCACCCCGCGGAUCCCCAUGUGAACGAGCAGGCCUGUGCGGCCCUGUCCAUCUUAUGCGAGUCGGACCGCGGGAAGUCGGUGCUGGCCGCCUGCGUGGUGGGCGAGGGCGAUGAGCACGCCACCUCCGCGGAGGUCAUCACCAACUCCAUGCGGAACCUGUAUAGCGUCGCCAACACUCUGAAGCAGAUCGCCAAGCUGGUGGCCAUCGCCGGCCUGGAGGACAGCCUCAAGCAAGGCCUGCUGCAGGCCUUCACUGUGAACGGCUUGGUGCAGGCCCUGCAGGUCCACUCGGAGAACUCUGCAGUGGUGUACUACGUGCUGAAGGCGCUGGUGACCUUGGGCUAUCCCUUCCCGCCCCCGGAGAUGCAGCCGCUCUGCGGCACCCUGCUGGACCUGGUGAUCGCGGUGAUGCGCGCCUUCCCCUCCGAGGCGCGGAUCCAGGAGACAGGCUGCGAGGUGCUGUCGAUCAUUGCGAGGCUCGAGGACAUGCAGGAGCCUAUCAUCUCGAAGGGGGCCAUUGGUCUGAUUUGUGUGGCUUUGAAGACCUUCCAGGCCGACACGGGCAUCCAGCGGAAGGGCUGCCGCGCCUUUGCGAACCUCGGGGAGUUCCAGGUGUCCCGGGAGGCCAUCCACAGGGAAGGCGGCAUUGAGCUCAUCGUGCACUCCAUGAAGUACCACGUGUCCCAUCCGGAGGUGGGGGAGCAGGGCUGCGCUGCCAUCGCCAACUUGGCGCUGGACGAGGCCAGCCGCACCCAUAUCGCCCGGAGCCAGGGUGUGAACGCCGUGCUGGCGGGCCUGCGGCUGCACCAGAACCACCCGGGCAUCCAAGCCUUUGGGCUGGGGGCCUUGGGCAACCUGGCCACCGCGGAGGACAACUGCGCGGUGAUCCUCAAGGAGGGAGCCAUCGACAUGGUGAUGCACGCUAUGAACGCUUGGCAGGACGAGCCCAGAGUUCAGCAUUUCGCGUGCCUCGCCCUGUCCAACUUUGCGCAUGAUGAGACCAACAAGGUGGCCAUUGGCCGGGCCGGGGGCAACAAGAUGAUCAUUUCCUCCAUGCAGCGGCACGCUGACCACGCCGGGGUGCAGGAACAGGCCUGCGGGGCCCUGGCGAAUCUGGGAGUGCACCAGCAGAACAUGGUGGAGAUCGCUCAGCUGAGCGGCAUUGGGCUGGUGAUCGCGUCCCUGAAGCGGUUUCCCACAGAGCCUGGGGUCCAGGAGAACGGCUGCUUCGCGCUCUCCAAGUUCCUGACCAUGCCCAAUGAGUCCUACCGGCAGCGAAUGAAGGCGGCGGAUGCCGAGGCGGCGCUGGACAUGAUCAAGAACUCGAAGCCUUCCUUCGAUGUGAAGAUCUGCUGCAACGUGCUCUUGCGGCGCUUGGGUGAGGAGGGUGGCGGCGCGCCUGCCCCAAGCCCUGGCCCUGGUCCGUGCCCUGGCCCCGGCCCCGGCCCCGGCGGCCCCGGGCCCGGACCCGUGAUGGGAUCCGCGGGCGGGUUCGGGGGGCCGCCCCCCGGCAGCAGCUUCGGGAUGGGGCCGCCUAUGGGCGGCAUGUCGCCGCAGCAGCAGCAGAUGCAGAUGCAGCAGCAAAUGGCGAUGCAGGGCUGGGGGAAGGGAGGCCCGGGCCCGGGCCCGGGCCCGGGCCCGGGUGGCCCCAUGGGUUUCAAAGGUAUGCCCGGCAAGGGCAAGCCAGGCAUGGGCCCCAAAGGUGGCAAGGGCUUUGGGAAAAUGUAG